AUGACCUCAGAUCCGCCUCGCUCGCUUCACUUUGAGGCCAGCUCAACCUCAUCAGCUCCAUCGCGAACAUCGUCCUCAUCGUCCACCCUCAAGGGCUUCAGCAAACCUCUAGCGAACAAAGUUACGGCGGUUCUCUCGUCUUCCUAUGCCGACUCGGAAUUCCGCGACUCACUCGCUUUGCUCGACGACAGGCACGUUCAGAACACCGCAGAAACGAGGCGUCGACUCCGUCUGGACAUUCAGAAAGAGGUUAUCGAGAGCAAUGGAGAGGUCAUCGCCGAGUUCGGUCGGGUUGCAGAGCAACUGCGUCGAAUUGGCAGCACCAUAGAGGCGUUGAGCACGACGUACAGCAGUAUGAAAGCAGAAAUAACGGCAGCACACAGUGCUACCAAACCAGUCUUGGACGAGGCCUCAGUCCUCAUAGAUCGCCGGCGGAAUGUAGAGACACGACGACGCCUUCUUAGCGCCUUCAUCGGUCAUUUCGUUCUCACCGAGGAUGAGGUCGCCAUACUGACAUUGACUGCCGAGCCUCUAGAUGAUCGGUUCUUUGCCGUCUUGAACAAGGCGAAAAAAAUCAGCACAGAUUGUGAAAUCCUUCUCGGGUUUGAGGACAACCCGUCACUCGGCCCAGAGAUCAUGGAGCAGACUUCUAGGAACAUCAAUCUUGGCUUCCAGAAGCUUUAUAAAUGGGUCCAGAAGGAGUUUAGGCACCUCAACCUUGAGAACCCCCAAAUCAGCUCGUCUAUGAGCCGAGCUCUUCGAGUUCUUGCGGAGCGCCCAGCCCUGUUUCAAAGCUAUCUCAAUUCGUUUUCCGAAGCUCGGGAGAGCAUCCUCUCUGACGCUUUCUACACGGCGCUUACCGGCAGCAACGAGAGCGGCUCGGAGAUUGUGUCAUCCAUAAAGCCUAUUGAGCUGGCCGCUCACGACCCGCUACGCUACGCUGGAGAUAUGCUUGCGUGGAUGCACUCGGCUACCGUUAGUGAAAGAGAGGCGCUGGAAGCACUGUUUGUGGGGGACGGAGGCGGACUUGCCAGGGGCAUACAAGAGGGUCGGGAAACAGAAGCCUGGCUCCUCGCAUCCGAGGAAGAGAGCGCGGAUGCAGGCAUAUUUGACCCUGUAAAGGCGCUCAACGAUCUUGUCGAUCGCGACCUGUCGGGCGUCACCCGAAUCUUGCGUCAGCGCAUGACCCAGGUCAUUCAAAACAACGAAGAGACCAUCCUGGCGUACAAGCUCGCCAAUCUGCUCAAUUUCUACCGGUUAACCUUCGGCAAGCUUCUCGGUGCCGGCGUUGGAGGCAACAACAACUUGACCGACGGCAUACAGGACAAGCCCGGCCUCGUGGAAACCCUCAGCAGCCUCGAGUCUGAGGCGCUGCGCCAUUUCCGGUCCCUGGUGCGCGACCAUGUAGCCACGCUUCGGGGCCGGCUUUACAAGCUUCAGGAAACCAUUGACAGCAAAGCGCGUGCUCUUGUCGAGCACCAGUACUCCUUCCUCUGCCACCAGUCUGGGCUAGAAGACAUGUUUGUUGCUUUGGGGCAGCUCAGCGCGGAAAGAAAGGAAGACCUGGAAAUUGCGGUGGGCCUGGAUGUUUUGCAGCCGCAAACGUUGGUUGAGAUCAGCCAGUAUCUGGACGACUUCUUGCCGUCAGCUCUGGUGGAUGCUAUUGACAAUCUCAAGGCACUUCAAGACCCCAAACGGGCACGGCAGGUCACAGAGGAGGCAGCAGAGAGGUUCUGUGUCGAUUUCGAGCAUGUGGAAAAGAUUAUCGUUGCCGCAGACGAGCUCCUUUCCGAAAAAGACGAGGACAAGGAUCCGGACACAGCGCUGCGGGCAUUGCUUCCACGGACGAGCGUUGAGAUCCGGGUGCUACUUUCAUAG